AUGGUGCUCGAUGAGCAGACGCUUUGCCUGGAGGACACAGCACCCACGGAUACUCUGCCGUGGAAUUCCUCCCAAGGCAAAUGCGCCCGUCUCGACGACGUCGACAACUCCUCGGCGGGGGCGGGGUCGAGUCGAGAUCUGCUCGAGAGCAUGAGCUCUGCCUGGGUGGAACUUUCGUCGACCAGCGUCGCUGUUGGAGCGAUCAUCGUCAAGAAGGAGGAACCGUCCAGCACUACUGGGAUCAUCGUCAAGAAGGAAGAACCGUCCAGCACUACUGGUCCUACACAUGCCGAAGGAGAAGAAAAUCAGCGUAUGUCUAGCGAUUAA